AUUUAAGCAAGAAAUUGAAAUAGUUGGAAUUACAAAAAAUUCCUUAUAAGAGUGAACUUGUUGCUUUGUCGUAAUAACAAUGAAACUCGUUGUGUUGGCGCUUUGGGCGAUUGUCCCCCUAACCGUCGCUCAAAACGAUUCCUCCAAUGACCCAGCGGAAAUUUUACCCAUCGUGCUUCCCCCAGAUGGGCCCCAACUGCUGUGGCAUGCGUUUCAAUCUUUUGUUGCAAACGCAAACAACCCUGACCGACCUUUAGAGAAUCUUAUCGAGGGUAGUCAGGGCUCUGGGAAUUGCGGUUCUACCACUACGAGCGAAAGUCCAGAAGUUACGACGCAAACUAGACAAAAACAAAAAAGCCACGCUGGUGUUAAACAUGGACGAAAAGCAGCCAAAACACAUGCAAAACAUAAAAGUACUGGAAAAUACCACAAAAAGGACAAAAAUCAGGCCCAUCAUUAAUUAUUGUUAGUCAAAAAUGAUUAAAAUGACUGCUUUAAAGCACUAGUGUAACAUUUUCCUCUAGGUUGGUGAUGAAUGUCAAAAAUAAAUUAUUUUUUGAAUUUUGAA